AAAGAAGUAGAAAGAGGACUGGAGAGGAGCGACAUGUGUGUUCUUUUGUGGGAGAACGAAUAUUGAACACUUGCUUAAGUAAUUCUGGUAACUAAUCGUUAUUUUGUUGUUUUUUAUGCAGUGUAAUAAUUUUAUCAAUCGUAAUUUCAGUUUUUAAUACGUUAAACACAGUUCACCUUAUGUAAUGCUAUCCUAUCGUUAGCUUGCUAGCUAACAUUUCCUAGGCCUGAAAGCCAUUUCAAGAUAACAUUUGGUCUGUAGCUCGCUCGCUAGUUAGCUGUGAUGUUUCAAUCAGAAAGCUUAAUGUCUGCGGAAAGUUGGACUGACUACUUGAUAUUGAUAUCUAUCUAGCUAGCUAAUGGGUUGUUGGCAUGGUGGUGUUUGUUUGAUGGCUAGCAUUAGCUAUCUAACUAGCGAGAUACAGUCCCGUCUUAGUAUUUUUUUAGCUGGCUAACGUUAUCAAAGUGAAACAAAUACAGUAGCCUAUCUAAGGUUAGCUACCUGACUACAACCAAAAAAGCAGUAUUGGUUUGCUGAUAAACGAACAAAAUUGAGUCCAGAGAGUAAUCGUUAGCGUCACCUUGCCAUCCGAGACCCUUUUUUUAAUUCAAAUUGCCGUGUAGCACUAACACUAACAUUGUGCGCAAUUGUGUGUUACAGUACCGCGGAUGAUUCAAAACGCAUAACCCUCAGUAAUUUCUGGUUAAAGAAGCAACGACUUCUACAUCCCGGAAGAUCACUGGAUUCAGAUAGAAUUAAUGUAAAAGGAAAAAAAAAUAGAUACCCAGAGGACGGCUGUUUUUCACCCUUUUUUGAUUAUUUUGUUUGGCCUCAGAAGCGUGUCCAGCUUCACCCUUUCCCUUAGUUCCCUCCCCACUAUAAGAAGAAAUAGAAGAACUUUUUUUUUUUCUCUCUCCACUUCAAUUUUUCAUGCCCCCAAUUUUUUUCCCCCUUGGCUGUCUUCUGGCAUUACAUCCAUAGAGAAGAGAUUUCUGCCCACCCCCCACCCCACCCCCCCACUACUCCCAUUCAUUAAAAAAAAAAUUAUUAAUAAAAAGGAAAAAAAAAAAAAAGGACUUGGCCACACCCAUCAGCAUCUAGUGAUUGACAGGCUGAGGGUGAAGGGAACAGGCAAGCUGUUCAGAGGAGGGACGUAGGACGCGGGAGUCUCCUUCCGGGCCUUUUCCCUCUUAACUCACGGACUGAGUCUUCCUUCAGGACUCCCCAAGGAGGCACCUCUGAAGUGCAGCAAGAGAAGGGGGACACCUGCUCCACCACUCCAGAGAAGCGCCUGUGGGGUUAAAGGUCGUUGACCCCGGAAGACUGUGACCCGGAGUUCCGCCCGGCCUGCUGCAGAAGAGCACCAUCGCUUUUUUCGGCCUGGCUAUGACUAACCACGGAGAUGACUGCUACUUCUUCUACUACUCCACCUGCUCCAAGGGCGACAGCUGCCCGUUCCGGCACUGCGAGGCGGCCAUGGGUAGCGAGACCAUGUGCAGUCUGUGGCAGGAGAACCGCUGCUUCCGCAAGGUCUGCAAGUUCCGGCACAUGGAGAUUAAGAAAAAGCGCAACGAGAUCCCCUGCUACUGGGAGAACCAGCCGGCCGGCUGCCAGAAGUCGCACUGUGCCUUCCACCACGAGAAGCCUCGCAUGAUCGACGGCGUGUUCGUCCCCCCCAGCAGAGGUCCCGUCCUGAAGAGGGAGGUCGAGGAGGAGCCGGCCCCCGCGGCGGACCCGGCCUCUCCGGCCCCCGCGCCCAUCGCCAACCCCGCCAACCCCCAGGUCCGCGGGGUCAUCAAGGCCGAGACGCUGGAGAACGUGCCCAGCCCCACCCACCCCCCGGUGGUGAUCAACCCCGCUGACGAUGAAGACGAAGAUGAAGACGAUCAGUUUUCUGAGGAAGGGGAGGAGAGCUCGUCCAGGAUUGUGUCGCCUAGGAAACUCUCCGGCGGCAACAAAGAUGAUUCCUUAAACUUUGGCAUAAGAACUCUUGAAGAAAUCAGACUGAGGAAAGCACUGAAGGCGAAUCUAAAGAAAGCUGGUCAGAGCCCCAGCAGCCUGUCCCAGGGCACCGGUCAGACCCCUCCCUUGGGUCUCCAUAGCAAUGGGACCAGUGGGGAAAAAGAGAACAUCAGGUCCUUCAUACGCCCUUCCCAGUUCAGUGCCAAAGAGGAUACCCCCCUACAGAUUGAUGAGCCGGCGAAACGGCACAUCGCCGAGCGGCUCGGAAAGAGAAAGGCCAUCCUGCCCGCAGAGCAGCACUUCGUUGUGAAGAAAGAUCUGCCCGUGGCGAGCGAGCCGCCACUGAAGCGCACGCUCGCUGAGCGCCUCGGGAGAAAGGUGGACUCUCCGGAAGACGACGCGGACGCUCUCCCGCGGAAAGCGGUGAAGCCUGUGAGGGAUCGGCUGGGCCUUCCUGCGGAGCCUGCUGCCCCUGACAACGAGAGGGAGGUGCAGGCAUCUGGAGAGAUCCGGAUCAAAACUCUGGAGGAGAUCCGGCAGGAGAAGAUGGCCAAGGCCCAGGGGCAGGAGAAGGUGACCAAGGCCCACAGGCAGGAGAAGGUGGCCAAGGCCCAGGGACAGGAGAAGGUGGCCAAGGCCCAGGGGCAGGAGAAGGCGGCCAAGGCCCAGGGUCAGGGGCCCGGGACGGCUGUCACCAAGGCCCCCAGCCCCGUGAAGAGGAGCGCCAAGCCUCCAGCCGGCGUUCACGUGAAGACCUUCUCGGAGGUCCUGCACGCCAGGAAGAGGCAGCAGGAGAAGGAGAAGGAGGUGCAGCGGAAGGAGGCCGGCGAGGAGCCGGGGAAGCCCGAGGCGCCUCCGCAGGAGGAGGUCCCGGGGAAGAAGGCCCGGGCCCAGCCCCAGCCCAGCGAGGUCCGGGUGAAGACUCUGGAGGAGAUCCGCAAGGAGAAGGCGGCGCGCGCGCAGGCCAGAGAGCAGGAGGUGAAAACGGAGGAGUCCUCUGCGCCUCCCUCCGCCCUCCCCAAGAGGAGGAUACUGCGCAUUAACAAGACGACAGCGGCCGGAGCAGACAAUGGCAGUAAUCCAAACACUCCCGAGGCCACAGAGAAGCCCCCUGGGCCUGUCACUGCAGAGAACGGUGCUGCUAACGGCAGGCAGGACUCGCCCGGCCAGACUGUGAAGGUGAAGACCUUCGAGGAGAUCAUGCAGGAGAAGAGACUCCGUAAGCAGCAGGGGGAGCAGGGGGCGGGGGCAGAAGCGGGGGGGUCCUCCAGCCCGCCGGAAGAGGCCUCGCCCCCCUCUGCCCCGAAACCGGUCCCCACGGCCUCCCGUGGACAGAGGGCGCUCUCCGCACUCCGACUGAGGGCCGGCACCGCCUCGCAGCCCGCCUCACCCCCCGCCCAGCCAGAGGCCACGCCCACGACCGGCCGCCCGCGCGUCGCCCUCAGACAAAAGGAGUCCAGUCCCGCCACGCCCGCUCCCGCCACGGUGCCUAAACCCUCGGGGCGGGCCCAGGCCCGGGCGGGGUCCCCCUCUGCCAGUGCCGGGGGCGUAAACUCUCCCCCCGCCGAGCAGAAGGCCCCGCCUCCGGCGCCCGCGGCAGCCCUGGGGGAGGAGCCUGCGCCUCCCGCCCCGGCCCAGGAGGAGGAGCCGCAGCCGGAGAGGACGCAGAGUCCCGCCCCCAGAAGGUCCCCUGUGCAGACGGCGGAAACCAAAGUGAGACCCAAGUUGAAUGUGAAGCCAUCCGUAGUGAAGGCAGCCUCCCAGGUGAAGUUGGGCCAGAAGAGGAAAGCAUCGGAGAGCCAUCGUUCUGCCGUGGCGGCAGUGAAGCCUCUCAACAGCGCCCCCGCUGCAGUGGAGGACCAGCCCCCGGAGCCGUCCUGCAAGCGUGCCGACCUGAAGGCCCCGGAGACGGCGGCUCCAUCGGUGAGCGUGGAGGCCGAGGCGCAGGCCCGCCCUCCGGGUCCCAGGCUCUCCUCCCCAGCCCCCGGCGGCACCUCUGAGACGGAGCUCCACAGAACCGCCAACGCAGAACAGAGCCCCGCCCCCACUGCGCCGGUCCUCUCGCCCGCUAAAGAGCCACCCGCUGCUCCACAGAGCUCCCCGGCGGCGAAGACCCCAGUCCAGCCCAAGCCUCGGCGGCAGAGCACGGCCGCUACGCGGGCCACCGCCGCGCUGGACGACCUGGACGAGCUGAUGAACGAGUUCGCGGACGACCCGCUGGACGGCGAGAUGGAGCUGGACCCCGGCAAGGACGAGGACGACCUCCUGCUGGAGCUCUCGGAGAUGAUUGACAGCUAGGGGACCGGCCCUGGAGUUUGGGCCGCGAGAGGAGAGCCUUCUCUGCGUCCUGCAUCACCUGGGAAUGAGAUUAGGUUUAACACUGAUCCCCCCCCCCCCCCCCCUCUCACUUUAACGUUUGGACUGGACAGAGAAGGUGUUCUGGUUCCCCUCCAUCAUGGAUCUGUUUCCUCUCUGGGAUUCUUCCCGUGCUCUUUCUCUGUCUGAGGCAGGAUUGUGUGUGUAGGCUGUUCUCUUUCCUCAAAAAAAAAAAAAAAGAAACAAUUAUGUAAAUGCAAUUUUAUUGCGACUUUAAGAUGUGACUUUAUGUUUUAAAUUUUUACCGUUUUCACAGUCGUAUUCGUAAUUACCUCUCUCUCCGGUUUCUGCGCAUUUUAACAUUUAAAUGCAGAGACUAUGUGUUCCCAGAGGGAAUUUUUAUAGUCCGUAUAUUAAAAGGUUUAUUUUCUUUUGCUUUUUGCUUUAUCAUUCCUCAUUUGAAGUAGGGUAUAGAAAAAUGCGUUUGGCUGGAGAGGAGCGGUGUAUGCUCUGUAUUCUCUUGGGUUGCCAUAGAUGCAUUUUUAAGCUUUCCUUUAUCCUUCAGCAGAGAACUGAUGUAAUUAUGACCGGUGUUGUGAACCAAGGUCGUUUUCUCUCGAUCACUGAAACCUAAGUAACUAAACUUUGGUCAUUUCUUGAGGUAGUUUGAAUGUUUUGAACCUGAUCGUUUGUACUACAUGUGCUGUCCUAGGUAUGUACGCUUGAGCCGAUUGUGAUAAGCAGAAUAUGAUUAGCAGCACUUGGUAAAGCCUGCACCAUGCCCUCUGAAGAUUUUCAGUUUCCACAUGAAUAUUACUGUUAAAUCUUUCUCUGAGGUUUCCCCCCAGUCUGUGGCUGUAAAUAGUCUUAUUUCUUAAAUUGAGCAUGCGUCUUUCCAGCUGAACCUCUGUAAAGCUAAAGAGACAAUCGAUUGGAUAAAAGCAUUGAGUAAUGACACUAUGGUCUGUAACCAGUGGAACAGUUAACAAAUCCUGUCAAUGUCAAAGUUGCCCUUAAAACUACAAUAACUUGUAAAUGUAAAAUACAUUUUCAUAAAGGCCAAAUCCAUGUUUUACACAGGUACAGCCUUCAGAUGUCAGCUUGAGUCCUUGAUUCAACUAUGAUAUGUCCUUUGGUUUGAGGUGGAAACUUGCCUUGACUUUGUGAAGACAUUGCUUCCGAAUUAUCUCUGGAAUCCCUGUUUGUUAAAAUCUAAAAUCAAAGGAUUUGUGAGACUGUAGAAUCUGAGUUGCAUGCAUUGCAAGAUGUCAAUUUAUGAAUGAACGCGUCUGCAUAUUGGCUUGUUUGGGUGUCUUGUAUGUAUUUUGAAUUAUUGCUCAUAAACCGUUCUGAGCGUUCUGACGAACUUUCAGCUGUAAAGUGCCACCCGGGACCGUCUUUUAAAGUUGCUUUUCAUUGUACUUGAUCACAGUAGAGUGGUGUAAUUAGCAUCAAGCCUAACAUAAAACCACGGCCUAUUAAAAUAACAUGAUACAAUUGAGAAAUCGCCUCUCAGGGAAAUCUGUCUAAACCAUGUCUUGUCACACCGUUGAAUGACCGUCACAUUCGUGCGGCUGCUGAUUUUCAGAGUUUAUUUUGGAAUUUCAUGUACUUUUUUGUUGUUGUGCUCCGUCAUGGAGAUACGAUAAUGUCUUAAGUGUAUGUUGUUUUGAGGGCGUUAUCGGAAGAACUUGGGCUGCUCCGUGGCUUUCCUUCUUUUAAAUGUCAGUCCUAUCAUUGUACAUCUCUGUGAAUAAUAAUAAAAACGUUUCUGAAUAUUGGGA